AUGGAAGGUAGGAGCGCUCCUUCUUUAAAGCGUCCGGACUUGCCAAAAUAUACAUCGAAAAAAGAAAAGAAAACAUAUCGGGAAGUUUUUGUUAAACACCGCAACGGUUUACUUAAGGAGGCAGGGCAGUGGAUGAAGAAUACAACAUCAUUUUGUAGCCUUGUCCCCACCAUCAUUAUGGUAGUUUACGUUGCAGCUUUUACAAUAUUUGGGGGCACCAACAGCAGUACGAAAAUACUGAUCUUACUAAAGAAUGGCACAUUCACGGUAUUUGCGGUUGCAUACACUUUCGCUCUCUUCUCUUCUAUCAUCGCCACAUUGAUGUUCUUGGCUAUAUUAACUUCAUGCUACGCAAUCGAUGAUUUCCUCUGCUCGCUAUGGAGAAAAAUGAUAGUGGGCCUAACUUUUCUCUUCCUCUCUUUGGCCUUUAUGUUGAUUGUGUUCGGCUCUGCUCUUACAAUGGUUCUGAGUGAACCAUUGAAGUGGAUUUACAUUCUAAUUACUUUUCUGGCUGCCUCCCUUGUCAUAUUGUUUGCAAUCCCACUACUUCCUUUGUGUGUUGAAAUGCUCGAAUCCACCUAUCGGCCCCUCCUCUACCGUCCCCUGUAG